AUGCUGUGCUCCUCCCAGGGCGAGUUUGUGUUCAGUGACAAACUCCUUCUGUUUUCAUCAGAUGGAAAUAGUAAGGUAAUGAUCAACAAAGAUCUGGCAUACGGGUUCAGCACGUCCCACAAAGUGUACAAAGAAGGACUGAUCAACGGAGAGAAAAAGAAAUGGCUUGUCAGCGAUGCGCCCAUUGACUUGGCAUCUGUGGAGAUGGUUUCUGUGCCCUCUCAGUACUUCAGAAACGUAGAAACAUUCUUCUAUUUUGCGAGUAUUCCCAAAUAUGCAUUUCAUAGGAAAAUGGACCUUGAGCAGUUUGCAGAGAUCCUGUGGGCGUCGCUCUAUUUCCACCUGGACGACGAAGAAACCGUCCUCCCAAAGUACAGGAAUAUUUCCAGGCCAACUACAAAGCUAAAUGUUUUCAAAGAGAAUCUGUACUUUUUAAUAAAAAAUACGCCUUUGCUAAGAAACGAAAUAAGAAGCAUACUGAACGAGAUAAAAAUGACGCCAGUGAUGAAAGAGAAAAACAUCCCGUCACUUCAAGUAAUUACAAGAGACAGAGUCUUCUGGUUCCUCCAGGAAGAAAGAAAUGAGGAUCUGCGCAUGUUCCUAGACGUGUGUGUAUCUUCUUCUGUCAAGGAUAAAACCUUCAUUUAUGCCGAGCUAGUGGAGGAUUUGGACAUAGCCGACUCAGUCAGGCUGGUUGCUGUGCAAAAUCCGCAGCACAGAAUGAAGUACGAAAAAAUCAGACAGCUAAUGCCUCUGUCAGAGUUCAUCCUACGGCACAAACUGGAAAAAAUCAGAAACAUGGAAAUAGUUCUGGAAGGAGAGUGCAUACUGCCAUCCGAAGUAUUCGAAGCUCUUUCCAUUCUCUUCCUAUCUGUGGACACUCUUACCCUGGACCAUCCGCAGGGCCACAAAUACAUAGAAGAAUAUUCUGCCCUAUUAGUGGACAUUCUCGAGGCCGAUGAAAGCAGAAAAAAGAAGAACAUGCCUCCUGUUAUCACCGGUCUCAUUCUUUCGCACACUCUCUUUCUAACGCAAAGAAGCAUUUUGCAGCUGGAGUCAUCGCGUCUGAUCAAGUUUGGGUUUAAAGAGUACUAUCCUCUAACAUAUCCUUCAGAGCACGCGUAUAGGAGAGUAGAACCGUACGUCAAAAUAUUUAUGGACAGGUUGUUCCAGGGCGAGAUAGAGCUGUCCAAGACCCUCAUGCACUUUGCAGCUCCUGAUGCGUUCUAUUUUGAAAGAGCCAUGAAACACAACUACCUUCCCCAUUUGGACACAAUCGAAAUAUUCGUUAACAAUGAUAUCCGAGACAAUCUGACAAGAGACUAUCGGUUCUCUCUAACUGAGACACAGAAUAUCACAAGAGUCAUUCUAGUGGAAUCAGCGUAUGCCAACAGAAAAAGAAUACUCCAUGUGUUGGAUAAGCUAUCGGUCCUUCCGAAUGUUUCAUCGCUGGACAUCACGAAAACAUCACUGGACACAUCAGCCAUGCUGCGUGUGCUAAUGAGCUCUGAGGUCUCCUACAGACACCAGCUGAACAAGAUAUCAUUUACGUACAUACCAGAGAUAGGCGCCCGCCAGAUAAAGAUGCCUAUGCACACUCUCUCCCAUGCUCUCCCAAAUAUCACAAAGUACAAAAUAUCGAUUCCCAUGAUGCAUGAAGAAGCCGUUCUGCCUGCGCUCAUCGCAGAUGUAAGAAACACUUUGAUUACCAAAUCAGGAAAAACAAAGCAUUUGGAUCUUAGUCUGGUGAUUCGCCGAAUAUCAGUGAUAAAAACAGGCUAUUCCACUAUUUUCAAGGUGUACCCGUACGUUCUAGAUAGGUACGUGUUUGCACGGGUGUACAACUCGCUGGGCCUGCAGAAAAGCAGGCUGAUAUCCAUGCAGCAGCUGAUGCAGAUAUUUGGCUCAAGCGCCAAGUACCACAAGAGCUACAACAACGCCAUAGAAGCAAAAUACAGCAGAAUAGCAAGCAUGCACAGAGUCAACUAUUUACUUUCUGAUUAA